GUGGGUUGGGGGGGCAAUUGCCUACCAUGAAAAUAUUAAAAUUAGUUUAGUUUUAUAACAAAUUGAAGUUAUGCCCAUGUUGUUAUAUUAUUUCUUUGCCCCCUAUACUCUAAAUAAUUACCAUAACUAAAAAUAUUCUAAUUCAUAUAAAUAUAAAACAAAAGUUUUUAUAUCUACAAUCUCAUAUUUUAGUGAAUUGGGCUUUAUUUAGUUUAGCAGAUCUAAUCCAUUUUAAAUAAAAACAGUUUUUAUUAAAUAAAUAGAAAAUAUGGAUAUUUGUUUUAGGAAAAUCAACUAGGUCUACGUCUUCUCAACUUCUUCUGUCGUCUUCUUCCCCUGCAAUUUUUUUCCACCGGCUAGAAUCACUCGCGAAAUUUUCUGUCCAUGUAAGUUUUUUUUUUCUAUUUAUUUAAUUAGUUUAUAUGAUUAUAUCUAUUUUAAAUGUUUGUUUGAUUCUCUUUUUAUUGCUUUCUAUCCCAAAAUUGUCUAAUGAUAUGCUUUAAGGUUGUGACUUGUGAUGUUAAUGUAGAAUAAUUUUAGACUCAUCCAAUAUUAUUAUAUAUGAUUUUGAUUUUAACGUGAAAAACUGAUUAGCUAAAUAUGAUGAAUUGUGUUUAGUUUAGUAACAUGUUAAAAGUCUUAAUGUAAUUGACUUUAUAAUAAUAUACUAUUUCUACUGAUUUGCAGAUAAAUGGAGCGAUAUUAUAACAAAACGAGUGCUUCAGAUUCUAAAAGAAAUUUGGAUAAAUUGGAUAACUCUGAUGAUUUGGAUUCUUUGCCAUGGGAUCCAGCUGAAAGAAAAAAGAUAUCGCAGUAUCUUCCGAAUCAAAAAGACGAAGUAAGGCGGAAAUAUUUAACUAGAGGUCCUUGUCAGCCCUAUGGUCAUGUUUUUCAAAAGAAGAAGUUUGGAACAACAAUGAGGCGGUUUAAUCCAGCUUGGUUUGAGAAGUAUGGUAAUUGGCUAGAGUACAGCGUCUCCAAAGAUAAAGCAUUCUGUUUGUGUUGCUAUUUGUUCAGAGAUGACAUACCAAAACAAGGUGGAAAUUAUGCUUUUGUGACUGAAGGUUUUUCUUGUUGGAAAAAACCCGAGGCUUUAUCUGAGCAUGUAGGUGGAAUUAAUAGCUUUCAUAAUAUUGCUGUUAAGAGAUGUGAUGAUUUGAUGAAUCAAGGUCAGUCAAUUGUGCAUGCUUUUUAUAAGCAAGACGAUGUGGUGAAAAAUGAAUAUCGCAUCCGGUUAAAUGCUUCAGUUGAUGCUUCUAGGUACUUGUUACGACAAGGAUUACCUUUCCGCGGUCAUGAUGAAGGAAAAGAUUCUGCUAAUAAAGGAAACUUUGUAGAGCUUUUGAAGUAUACAGGAGAACAAAAUGACGCUGUAAGUAAGGUUAUUUUGGAGAACGCUCCAAAAAAUAAUCAGAUGGUUUCUCAAGUGAUUCAGAAAGAUAUUGUACAUUGUUUUGCUCAAGAAGUACUGAAAUCUAUCAUGGAAGAAAUCGAUCAUGGAGUGUUCGGUUUGAUGGUCGAUGAGUCUGCAGAUGUUUCUAACAAAGAGCAAAUGGCUGUUGUCUUUCGGUUUGUUGAUAAAAGUGGAUUAGUUAAAGAGAGAUUUGUGGGAGUUACUCAUGUAAAAGAAACGUCUUCUUUAUCUCUGAAAUCUGCAGUUGAUGACUUGUUUGCAAAACAUGGAUUGAGCCUAAAACAGUUGAGAGGACAAGGUUAUGAUGGAGCAAGCAAUAUGAAGGGACAGUUUAAUGGGCUGAGAGCAUUGGUUGCUAGAGAAAAUAGUUCAGCCUAUUAUGUACAUUGUUUUGCUCAUCAACUUCAGCUAGUUGUGGUGGCAGUUGCGAAAAAGAGCUUUGAAGUUAGUAAUUUUUUUGACAUGGUUUCGACUUUGCUGAAUGUGGUUGUGGCUUCUUGCAAGAGGAAAGAUACACUUCUUGAUAUGAAUCGGAAGAGGGUGGAGGAAGGGAUUGACAGUGGUGACAUUAACACUGGAACGGGACAAAAUCAAGAGAUUUCUCUUCCAAGGCCUGGAAAUACUCGUUGGGGUUCUCAUUAUAAGACUUUGCUGCGUCUGGUUGAGUUGUUUCCUUCAGUCAUUGAAAUCCUUGAAAGUGUUCAAGAUGAAGGCGCUGAUGACUCAAAAAGAUGUCAAGCAUAUGGUCUUCUCAAGUAUUUUCACACAUUCGAUUGUGUGUUCUAUUUGCAGUUGAUGCUGUUUAUUUUGGGAGUAACUGAGAAUCUGUCAAUGGCUUUGCAAAUGAAGAAUCAAGAUAUUUCAAAUGCCAUGUCACUUGUAGAUUCAACUAAACGUGAGUUGCAAAAAUUUCGAGAAGAUGGAUGGGAUUUGCUAAUCGGUAAAGUUUCAUCAUUCUGCGAAAAGAAUAAAGCUACUAUGCUUGUGAUGGAUGAAGAAUUUGUGGAUUUACGGAGGCCAAGGAAAAAAACUGGUGUAACCAAUCUGCAUCAUUACAAGGUUAAUUGUUUCUACGCUGUUAUGGAUUUGCAACUUCAAGAGCUUAAUGAUCGAUUUACUGAGGUAAACACUGAUUUGCUUAUUUGCAUGGCUUCUUUAAGUCCUGCCAAUUCCUUCCGUGAGUUUGAUAAGUCUAAGCUUUUGAGAUUGGUUAAGUUCUAUCCUGAUGAUUUUAGUUUUGGAGAGUGUCUAUCUAUGGAACACCAUCUUGGAAUCUACAUUGAUAAUAUAAAAAACGAUGAACGGUUUAAGAAUUUGAAGAAUCUUGGAGAUCUUUCUCGUCUGCUGGUGGAAACAAAAAAGCACCUUGUACAUCCUUUAGUUUAUAGGCUCUUGAAGUUGGUUUUAACAUUGCCUGUUGCUACUGCAAGUGUUGAAAGGUGCUUUUCUGCAAUGAAAUUAGUGAAGACAGCUACACGUAACCGAAUUGGAGAUGAGUUUCUAAGUGAUUGUUUAGUAUGUUAUAUUGAAAAGGAGUUGUUUGAAUCUGUUACAAACGAAACAGUGGUGAAGCGAUUUCAAUCCAUGAGAGAGCGUAGGAUCCAUUUGUAAUGAUUUGUACGGUUUUAUGACAAUGGUUUUUAUAUUUUAUCUAGUAGUUUUUAUUUAUGCCC